AUGCAUGAGAAAGCUUUCACCAAAGUUAAAAAUGCUAUUGCAUCGGACUGUACGAUGGCAUUUUAUGAUCCAAAUCGACCUACGAAAUUGACAGUUGAUGCAAGCCGUGUCGGACUUGAUGCGGUAUUAGCCCAAACACAAGAAAAUGGUCAAUUUCGCUGCAUAGCAUAUGCUAGUCGUUCCCUAACGCCCGUGAAAACUCGCUACUCGCAGACGGAAAAAGAAGCAUUGGCUGCAGUGUGGGGUUGUGAACGUUUUCAUGUUUACCUUGUUGGAACACAAUUUGACCUCAUCACUGACCACAAACCAUUGGAAAUAAUUUACAACCCAAAGUCCAAACCGCCGCUUCGGAUAGAACGUUGGUUACUACGAUUGCAACAAUACAAGUUUAAUAUCAAGUAUCGACCAGGUGGCAGCAACUCAGCCGAUGUGUUGUCUCGACAACCUUUAUUCACCAAUUGCAAGUCAAGUACCAUAGCGGAGAAAUAUGCCAAUUUCAUCCAAAGUCACUCGGUUCCUAAAUCUUUCACGCUCGAUGAGAUUCGUACCACUACUUUAAAUUAUCCUGAGUUGCAAGAGUGUAACUAGCGCAGUCAAGAAAGAACGAUGGAACAAAACAGAUAGUUGUUUAAGACCAUAUCGAAAUCAGUACGAACAGUUGACAGUUUCGGAAUGUGUAGUUAUACUACGUAAUUCACAGAUCGUCUCCGUAGUCGUGUCCUUCCUAUUGCUCAUGAAGGACAUCAAGGGAUAGUUAAAACCAAAAUGCUUCUACGCAGUAAAGUAUGGUGGCCUGGUAUUGACAAGCAAGUGGCGCAAACGGUUAAAGAAUGUAUACCCUGCCAAGCAGCAGUAAACCAGUCACCAAAAUGUCAAUCAUCCUUGAAUAUGACAAAGUUACCUCCACAUCCUUAA